CCUGGCAGCCAGCUGCAGAAGGAUGGACGGACGUCAGCUGCUUUCCUGGCAAGGAGAGGGACACGGGACCGUUUCCCGCAUGAGUCAGCCCCGCAGGGUGCGGCUGAGCACGGGGCAGCUCGGUGCAGCGGGCCGGCGCCCGCGCCAUCGUCAUCCCCCCGCUUGCCUGCCCGGCCGUCGUCCCCCCCCACACCCCCCUCCACCCCGGCGAUGCCACGGGGGACCGCUGGGGACAGCGGGGACCCCCGAGGCGGAGGAGCGAACAGCCCCCGUCGGCCGGCGCGGGGCUGACGUCAGCGCGCCGCAGCCGUGCCGUGCCGAGCCGUGCGGAGCCGCGCCGGCGGAGGCCUGGCCGGGUUGCUGGGAGACGGCGGAGCGGAGCGGAGCGCGGCGCGGCGGCCCCGCCGGCGGGCCUGACCUCGGGGCCCGGGCUCCGCUCGGAUGGCGGCGCCGCGGCCCGCCCGGUAGCAUGGGGCAGGCGAGAGGCCUAGCGCCCUCGGACCGGCGCCGGUGACAUGGACCUCAAGGGCCAGUACUGGACGGACGAUGACUCCGACGGGGACAACGAGUCCGAGGAGUUCCUCUAUGGCGUGCAGGGGACCUGCGCCGCCGACCUGUACCGCCACCCGCAGUUGGACGCCGACGUCGAGGCCGUGAAGGAGAUCUACAGCGAGAGCUCCGUGUCCAUCAGGGAGUACGGGACCAUCGACGACGUGGACGUCGACCUCCACGUGAACGUCGGCUUCCUCGAUGAGGAGGUGGCGACCGCCUGGAAGGUGCUGCGGACGGAGCCCGUGGUGCUGCGGCUGCGCUUCUCCCUCUCGCAGUACCUCGAUGGCCCCGAACCGUCCAUCGAGGUUUUCCAGCCGUCCAACAAGGAGGGGUUCGGCCUGGGGCUGCAGCUGAAGAAGAUCCUGGGCAUGUUCACAUCGCAGCAAUGGAAACACCUGAGCAACGACUUCCUGAAGACCCAGCAGGAGAAGCGGCACAGCUGGUUCAAGACGAGCGGCACCAUCAAGAAGUUUCGAGCGGGCCUCAGCAUCUUCUCCCCCAUCCCCAAGUCGCCCAGCUUCCCAGUCAUCCAGGACUCGGUGCUGAAGGGCAAGCUGGGCAUGCCCGAGGUGCGCGUCAACCGCCUGAUGAACCGCUCCGUCUCCUGCACGGUGAAGAACCCCAAGGUGGAGGUUUUCGGCUACCCCCCGAGCACCCAGGCAGGUGUCGCCCCCUUCAACAUCCUGGUUGGCGGCCACUGCAAGAACGUCCCCACGCUGGAGUACGGCUUCCUCGUCCAGAUCAUGAAGUACGCGGAGCAGCGGAUCCCGACGCUCAACGAGUACUGCGUGGUGUGUGACGAGCAGCACGUCUUCCAGAACGGCUCCAUGCUCAAGCCAGCUGUGUGCACCCGGGAGCUGUGUGUCUUCUCCUUCUACACCCUCGGCGUGAUGUCUGGCGCGGCGGAGGAGGUGGCCACGGGCGCUGAGGUGGUGGACCUGCUCGUGGCCAUGUGCCGUGCUGCCCUGGAGUCCCCCCGCAAGAGCAUCAUCUUUGAGCCUUACCCCUCCGUGGUGGACCCCAACGACCCCAAAACACUUGCCUUCAAUCCCAAGAAGAAAAACUAUGAACGGCUGCAGAAGGCCCUGGACAGCGUGAUGUCCAUCCGGGAAAUGACCCAGGGGUCGUAUCUGGAGAUCAAGAAGCAGAUGGACAAGCUGGACCCCCUGGCGCAUCCCCUCCUGCAAUGGAUAAUCUCCAGCAACAGAUCCCACAUCGUCAAGCUACCUCUCAGCAGGCAGCUGAAGUUUAUGCACACCUCACACCAGUUCCUCCUGCUGAGCAGCCCCCCGGCCAAGGAGGCCCGUUUCCGCACCGCCAAGAAGCUCUACGGCAGCACCUUCGCUUUCCACGGCUCUCACAUUGAGAACUGGCACUCCAUCCUCCGCAACGGGCUGGUGAACGCGUCCUACACCAAGCUGCAGCUGCAUGGAGCAGCCUACGGCAAGGGCAUUUAUCUGAGCCCCAUCUCCAGUAUUUCCUUUGGAUACUCAGGGAUGGGGAAAGGCCAGCACCGGAUGCCUUCGAAGGACGAGCUGGUGCAGAGAUACAACCGGAUGAACACCAUUCCCCAGACCCGAUCCAUCCAGUCUCGCUUCCUCCAGAGCCGCAACCUGAACUGCAUCGCGCUUUGUGAAGUGAUCACCUCCAAGGACCUGCAGAAGCACGGCAACAUCUGGGUCUGCCCUGUCUCGGAUCACGUCUGCACCCGCUUCUUCUUUGUGUACGAAGAUGGCCAAGUGGGAGAUGCCAAUAUCAAUACUCAGGACCCCAAAAUCCAGAAGGAGAUCAUGCGUGUGAUUGGGACUCAGGUGUACACAAACUGAGGGGCUGGGACCACCACGGUCCUCUCGCCCGGGCCAGAAGGCGUCCGAGGCCGUCGAGUGGAGCAGCGAAGGCUCUGGAGGAGGCCGGGGAAGGGGGCAGUGGGUCUCGGGCCUCCCGGGAUCCGGGCAGCGGAGACGCGAGAGCCUGGCCCCGGCGGGCUCCAUCCUGUAUAUAGGUGUAAAGCAGAGAACGUGCACGAGGCGGAUUUAGUGGUCCCUUCUCCCCCGUCCCUCCGAUGUCCCUAAUUCCAUCCCAGAGCAGUGGAGGACCUGUGGGCACGGCCUGGCUUGCGUGCCCGCUGCCUCGGGGCGGAGGGGGGUCCCUCCUCACAUUUACAGUGAUGACGUUUUUACUAACGACGAGAAACCGAAGCAAAAAAAAAAAAAAAAAAAAGGAAAAAAUGGAAAAAGAUGCAAAAAAGAGAGAAAAGAA